CAGAGGGACAUUUGACGGGGAGAUAGACGGAGAGUUUUAAAUUUACCGGAUGUGAAAAUUGUUUGUGAGGUUUUUAUAGAAUUUCCUGUCGAUAGACAGAUUGAUUUUCCGUGAAAUUGUGUAAAAAGCGAUAUUGUGGAUUGUUUUGCUCAGUUUGUUCAGAUUAUGUGUGUUUUAUUAUCUUUAUAAAUUGUGUUUGCAUUUUCCCGAUUCGCGCGUUUGACGGUCGUGGGAGAGAAAGCGAGAAAGGGCAGAUUUGCUGCACGUGUUGCAAAGUGAGCGUCGAACGCGGAAAAAUUGGAGUGAAAAGAGACAAAAAUGCCACGAUCGGAAGUAUCAAAUGACGAGGAGGAGAUCCAAUCGUCUCUGGAGAACAUAAGAAUCACACGUGCCACAGCCAAGAGAUUGGGAUCUGUGGAAAAAGAUGUGCCCGGAACGCCAAAAAGAUCCCAAUCUGUCCUAUCACUGGAAACAAUUUCUGAGGACAGUUCAGUAAAUUUGAGAAGUACCAGAGCUACAAAGAAAGAUACGUCGCUGUCGCCGGUGGGUGAGAAAGGUGAGAAAAAUGGGACGAAUCCGCAGGGGGAUAUCCUUGAGCAAUUUUCCUUGUUGCAAUUAGGCAAAGCCGAUAGUACAAUUGGGACACCAAUCAGAAGAACUAGGCGACAAUCUGCCCUCAUAGAAUCCCCAGCUAGAACUACCCGAUCUCAGCGUCAGAUCAGUGAAGAUCGCGAAGAUGUAGCCUCAAGUUCUUCAGCAUCCUCCUUAGCACGCCAAUUGCGCACGAGGCGUCAAUCUACGGGAUCCAAUCUGACGCAGAAAAAUGUAGAGAGUCACAAUGAGCGCAGUGUGACCUUCAAUGAGUCUCCGGAACAAGACAGAGAGUACACGCAGUUCCCAAAGACUCCGAAAGCCACGAAGGGCAAAACAUCUGCGGAUGAUUCCUUUGAAAGUAUUCUCCCCAACCAGGCGGUAGUGUUACUGGAGCGCCUAACGGACUUUAACAUUUCAGAUGAGCUCCAAGAUAAGGAAGUGUCUGGGACUCAGAGUGCCCAAGAAAGUGAGAAAAAGGACAGUGUUGAGACAGAAAAUACCGUUGUUGGGGGCGAAAGUGGUGCUGAUGAUGCAAAGAAGUCAGAAGAGGAAGUGACAAAAGAUGCAGAGAGAGUUGAGGAGGAUCAAGUUGCACAGAAUGAAGAGAAAUCUGCCGGUGAAAAAACUGAUGAAGUUGUUCCAGAAUUCUCAACUAGCUGGAGUCAGUCGGUGUCUGGUAAGGUGACUGAUACAGGGGAGAAUCCGAUUGAUGCUUUCGGAACUAAGGAGCGCAAAGAGGAGGAAGAGGCACUGGCAGAGCAUAAAAAGGAGACAGAAAAGAAGAAGGCUGUUAAAUAUAAACUCAUGAAGAUUUACAGUGAUGACGAAGACGAGGAGGCAGAAGAAGAGGAAGAGAAAGAGGAGAAGAAAAAGUCAGAAUUUGUUGAUGAUGAAGCCAUGGAAGUGCCUGAGGGAGAAGAGUCAAUGGAUGAGGAGGAGAGGGAGUAUCUCAAGCAACAAGAAAUUCCAGAAAAUGGUAUUGAUAUUGGAUCUGAAGAUACCGAUGAAGGGGAUGAAGAAGAAGAGGAUGAUAAAGAGCCAGAUCCUGAAGAUGUCAAUUUUAUUGCCUUUUCUGAUCAGGAGGAAAAUGAUCCGGUGGUUAAUGAUUCUCUGGAUAUCCUGGAGGAGAAGGCGGAGAAAGUGUCAAAGAAGAAAAAGAGGAUUCUUGUGAUGGAGGACAGUAGUGAUGAGGAUGAAGAGAUUGAGGAGACUUAUAGAAAUACUUCUUUGGUCAAGUUCCCAGGCACAGUGCUCUCUAAACUUAAUGAUGAUGAGGAAGAAGGUGAAGCUGAAGCAGUUGAAUAUGAUCAAGAUGUCACAAUGGUGUCUCUGCCGUCGCCCAGUAAGAAGACCCCAAAGAGUUCACAGAAGAUCCAGAAAUCUGCCCAGAAGACACCUAAAUCAGCCGAAAACGUCCAGCAGCCGGUUGAAAAUGGCCAGAAAUCUGCCCAGAAGACUCCAAAAGUUUCAGAAAAGUCUCAGAAGUCUGCUCAGAAGACAGCAAAGUCACCUGAAAAAGCUCAAAAGUCAGCGGAAAAGGCUGAGAAAUCGGUGCAGAAGACUCCAAAAUCUGCUCAGAAGACUCCUCAACCCAAAUCAGUGUCUCGCAAUCUUCAGUCAGAACUGGAAGAGCAGAGUAAUCAGACUUCUGAGAAAGAUCCCGUAGAACAAGAUGAAGAUGUCGAGAUGACAAAUCUUCCGGAAGAACAGACGAGUAAAGUUGCUGAAGAAAUGGAUUCUCCAUUGUCACCGGAAGGAAAUAAAGAUGCCGAUGAAGAAGAUUCAGAAGACUCAGAAUCGGAGGAAGAAGAUGAGAAGAGUAAGGAGGAAGAGUCUGAAGAUGAAGAAGAUGAUGAGCAAUGGGAAGAUAUUGAGGAGGAAGAGGAGAAGGAGAAGCUGGAUAAAACGGACAGUGAGAGUGUGUCGGCCAUCCUGGCGCGUUGCAAUGAGUUCCUGAAGGUUAAGCGGGAGGAUCAGGCUGCUCAGAAGAAGAUCAAUGCUGAGAAGAGGGCAAAGAGGCGUGCAGCUAAAGAGAAGAAGAUGCAAUUGAAGAAAGAGUUGGAGGAAAAGAAGGCAGAAGUGGAGAGGCUCAGGGAGGAGAUCAAAGAGAAGAAGCGACGCGAGAAGGAAGAACAGGAGAAGCCAAUUGUAAAGGAAGAAGCUCAGUCGAAGAAGAAAGUCUCCGAACCGGAAGGGAAGCCUCAGAAAAAGAAGAAGAAAGAGAAGAUUCUGGAGGAAGAAACACCAAGGCCCGUUGACAUUGAGAAGAAAAAGAAGAAGAAGGAGGAAAAAUCUUCAGAAAUUCCAUCUACGGGAACUAAAAAGAAGAAGAAAGAGAAGAUACAGCAAGAAGAGCAACAGGAAGAAGUCCAGAAGAAGAAGAAAAAGAAGAAGAAUGAAGAGGAAGAUGUAACCGUCAGUUCUGGCGAUACCAAUAGACUUCCACUGGCUCUGCUGAAUCAAUUGUCAGAAAACACAGGAGAAAAGCUAUCCAGGAAGAAGCGCCGAGCCGAAGAAGAUCCCGAAAGUGCAAAGCCACAGAAGAAGCAAAAAUCCCUUCCGGAAGUGCCGAAAAAUGUUGCGACACCUAUUGGGAUGUUCAAUGUCAGUGAGGUUGAUCCCCUGCUGAAUCCCUUUAGCAUUCGGGAUUCAAAACUCUUGCGCAAGGCUCAGGUGACAAAACAAUUCAAACGGGAGAAGAAACUGAAGCAUAAGAAGAAGGAAAUUCCUGAAGCAAGUUGCAUUUUUCCCCGUCCAACAACAUCCUGGACACCUGCGGGAAUUUUCACAAUCACCGAUUUUAGUCCUCGGAAAAAAAUUGUCAAUACAGCAGGGAAUUCGGGAUCAAUGGAGUUUAUCGUAACGGCCCUGGAGCCAAAGAAGAAGAUGAGCAAGAAGAGCCAGGUGACAAGUGUCUUCAGUACGAAUACCGAGAAACCUGCCAUCAGCUUCAAAGAUCAAAAAUUGUAUGGGAAUGGUGUUGUCCGGGAGACUUCCAGGGACCUGAUGAAUCGAAAUAUUAAGAGGAAGUUCACCAAAAUGUAAUGAAAAAACAAUUUCUGUAAACAUUCUCAAUUUUUUUUGCCUAUGAAUUGCGUUAUCAAA